UACAAUUUACCCCCAAUGAAUAUUCGCAGUUGGGGUUUAACUUGACUUUCAUAUUGCCUUUACUUUAAUUUGUUUGCAUAUUUCUCACACAAAUAUUGUAUCACCGUAAGGACGCAAACAGCCGGUUUACCAUACCUUGAGACUGCAUAUUAAGGUGUUAACGUCUGGGCGAAAAGUUAACAUUGUGUGUGAGGGUUAUAUCGAUUGAUAUCGGAACCAGAGGCAUUAUAUUCAUUGAUCAGGACAGUUGAAAAAUGGAGAUACUGCGACGGUGAGAGAAAGAUUUCUGCAUAAAACAUGAGGUUAGUGCAGCAGGGUAUUUCACCUGUAGUUUAAAGCGAUAAAAACUGGUCGACAAAUCCAUUCGGAACAUUUUCAUAUUGAAGAUUCUAUUCUAAUCAACGAUCAAAGCAAACAAGCAAGCCAUUUGCCAAAUCAUUGAGAUACACGACAUAUUGUAAGAGUUCGCCUUCAUAACGUCAUACUGGCAUUUUUAAACUAGCAUUUUCCUUUCGCUCUGUUGUAUGUUGCAAAAGUAGUUCUUUUACUUUGGCUUAAAGCACGUCACACAAAGUCAAUAGCAUUUUAGGAAUAUUGUUUCAACAGAUUCACCCAUUUUCCCAAGUCAUAAAACAGGAACGUCUCUUAGUCUGAGAUACGCGAGACUCCUAAAACUACACUUCCAAAUAAAAAGAAAGAAAUUGUAUAAAGAAUACGAUCCAAAGAAAGCAAUCUUUACCGUUGUAUUAUUUCAUUCAAAGAAAGCAAAAUUAGUAAUUAUGUCAAUGCAGUUGUCAGUUAUAUUUUACCGCCGCUUGUUCUUCUGUAAGCUACAUACAGACACAUUAAACUGAUUGAUUUGCGGGUAAACAAAUCUCUAAGCCUCGGAAAACAAAGAAAUUUGUGUGCUCAAAGCAUUUUGCAGACUUGAAAUGUUAAAUAUUUCACAAGGCGUCAGGGUGUUCUUGAAGUUGAACUUAGCGCACGGAUUUCUUAAAGGAAGGCAAAUUGCUUAAACGGUUGACAGACACUUAAAAAAUGUAAAUUUUAGGCUUAAAAGGAAUUAUCAUGAAACCGUAAAAGGUUAGAUUGCCUUAUUUCCUUAAAAUGCCUUAAAGAACAAGAAAAUAUGCCAAUUAUUUUCUACGUGCCUCAAAAAAUCCAGAGAACAAACUGCCAUCAACAUAAUAACGCUUUUUUGUAUUUACCAAUAAGACGGAAUUAAAUUACUGACAUUUUAAAUUUCCUUUCAUACGAAGCGAAUUUUUACCAUUAUCCAUAAUUAUUAUGUAUAUUUUACUAUGAUUUUCAUUUUUUAUUAAUGACACAAGGAAAAUGUUUCUUUCAAAAAAAAAUCCUUUCUGAUUCUACAACUUCCUUUGAAAGUCAAGUCUAUUUUUUUGCGUCUUUUUGCUCAUCUCCAGCCAUUCGAUAUAACUCAGUGAAUUCUGCUGACCAAAACCCCCUCAAAAACUAAAAGUCCCCUAUUUAAAAUAUUUUACUUCUCCAAAACUCCCAAAACAAUAUUUCAAUUUUGGUUGCUAAAACAAUAAACAGUACUGUCAUUUUAUAAACGUAAUAAAAUCACCAAGCAUUAAGCUACAUACAUCCUGGAAUCUCCAAAACGUAAACUGAUUCUCGACAAAAAAAGAAAACAUUUAAGGUAACUUUAACUUUUCCUAAAAAUUUAGAAUUAAAUUUCAUUCCAUCUAACGCGAAAUCUUGCACACGUAUCCCUAACUGUUCAAGAGAACGAUAUUACCGCACACUAGUUACUAAAUGCAGCGUAACGAGCUUCAAGUGACACUCCCUGCUAUGAGAGCUGUGUCACGGAGUUUUUGUGUUACAUUUCGUCACGCCUGACAUUUUUGGUCUUACAUGUAGGCGAUCACGUUUGGAGCACGUACUCAUGUGACAUUGUGAACUAGAGAAUUGUAAUUUUUGUCGAAGACUAGUGUUCGGUUUUGAAGGCCGAAUGUUUUGGCAAGUGUUGGCAAGUCUAUCGGUUUUGAAGCCCGUUACUGUUGGACUCCUAUUGGUUUCGAUUAAAAUCUAUCACAAGCUGCUCGAAUGUGCAUAGUGACAAAAAGAGGGGUUUAGUAUACAGCGGUAGAAAAAUAGUUAUUACUAGUCUAAACUUCAGACAACACUCUCGUCUUAUCAUAAAGUGAAGCAUUUUAAGGUUAACGUUUCUCCUCUUAAACGUACGACAACACACCCAUUUUGUUCUUUUUUUGGUCUAAUUAUCAGUGAAUAAGACAAUAUUUUGUUCAAGUUUUCUUGUUUUCGCGAGAAUUUUUAGACGGAAGUAUAUUUAACAAUUAUUCCUUCGGCCUCAUGGACUAUUGACUCAGAGGCCAUGAGGGCAAGAGGAAUAAUUGUUUUAGUAAAAUCCAACUAGUUGGUCAAAAAUAUCGAGACAAAACAAGCUUAGCUAGUUAAAGCUAGACUUAAAUCCUUUUUUGCCGCCAAAAAGCCGGCGCUUGUCGCUACUAGUGGGCUAUAACGUAUAGCCUAGUAGUGGCUCAACCAAUCAGAACGCAGCAUUGAUAAUAGACCACUAGUUAGAUUUUACUAUAGUUUCCGUUAUCUCAAUCAUUGAUAGUAGCUUUACCCCUUUAAGCAAACAUAUGUUUUGACGACUUGACUUUGGGGUUUUCUUAAUUAAGUCACGUUCAGUAAGGAACUGUCUGUCAUUAAGCUUAAAUUUUAAAAUCAAAAUGAUGGAUGUCUGUACUUUAUGAAUAAAGACUUUUCUAUGCAAGAUGGCUCAUAUUGCUCAAGUGUGCAUAUUUUUAGUCGACAGACUUGAUUUUGCCUUUAGCUUAACCUUAUUUAAAGUCAGGAGCCCGUAACGCGGAGUAAGCAAACUCCCAUCUAGGCUUAUGUCAAGGAUCACUUUUUGCUAAGAUGCAUUUUGUUGCUGAGAAAAUGUGGAGAAGCUGACCGAUCCAGGAACGCAUUCUACGUAUAAGAUAUGAAAAAGUAAAACUGAACGUCAUAAAAAGUUCAAAAAUAGAAUUUUCAGGUCCGUGGCUUUUGGUGACUUGUUUGUUGGACUUCAAAGAUAUUCUAAAUUCACGCCAAAAUAAUUCUAAAAAUAAACUGGUCGGUGAAAAAGCCGUGCAUGUGACGCGAGUACGUGGAAGUUGCUAGCUCCAAGUUCUGGGUUCCUGUUAUUGCUAUAGUCAGUUACGAAAUAACUGUGUUUGCAUGAGAGAACGCAAACAUGGUUGUGACGUCAAGAAGUUUUGUUUUUCGCGCGCUAAUCAUGCAAGCACGGAAGACGUGUUCUAUUGUUUAACUAUUGAUCCUAGAAGAGCAGCAAAGGGUUUUUUAAUUGAAAGGGACUGGCCGGCCAUAAACGAUCGUUACCCCCAAAAACAUCUAAAUUACAACGUUCUGGACCUCAGGUCAGGUUUCUGAUCAUUGCCGGCCUCCUAGAGGCAGGCAAAGAACACGUUACACAGAGUGUAUUGCCAAAAUAUUUGCAUCCAAGCUUUGCAUUGCGGACAUUGAAACCCUUAGAAUGAGGGAAAUUGGUGAACAUCGAACAGCCUGAUAGUCAGAAAGCCAACUAAGGGGGAAAGCCCUGCAGUUCUCAGUUUAGCGCAUGUUCAUAAGGCCAAACAUUGUAUUGACAAACACGUAAUUAAAUAGACAAACCCUUAUCAGAGCUCUUCCGUCCUUUGUUUCAAGAUCGCUUGGUUUCAUGCUAACAUUUCGACUGCUUUCUCUUCUAAUGCGAUGGUAUCGACUUGCUGUGCAGCUUUAGUAUCGUGGUUGUUAGUGAUUGGCGGAUUGCUAUCCUUGCUUUUAAAGCUGGCUGUAAUUUGCUGUUGUGUUGUUUGGAUCGGAAUCUUUACAGGAAACUACUAGGACCCUUCGAGGACACCAGUGUGGGUCGCCGUCAAAAAAACGCAUUUGUUCCAAUGCGGUUGUUACCCGGUGAACAGAUCUCGGGUUCCUGUCAGCUAGGUCUACAGUCAUUGUCCUUUUAGGUAAGCUCUGUCACACGCUGAUUACUAAGUCCUGGCCACUUUGACUCUGGUGUCCAACGGAAUGCAUUUCUGGUCAAUCAAUCAAGGUUAUUGUUCUUGUUGUGGUCAUUGUUAACAAAGAGGCGAUUCUGAUCAAGCCAGGAUGGCAAUCAGAGCUAAGCUGUGAGUUUACAACAAAAUGGAGUACCGUAGGGGAGGUAUCAGAGUAACAUCUGCGUAGAGGCCUCAAAAGGGAACCCUAAAGUACACCCUAUUCGGUCAAGAGUUGCUGAUGUUUCAUCUUGUGAUAGCAAAAUGAGUCGUCCGAUGAGUCAUUUUUUGGUUGGCAACCACCUGGUCCGUUGACAAAGGAGAACGUCUUCUAGUUUCAGUUUUUUCUUGGCUUUUUCACGUAAGAGAAAGUAAGCAAGAUAUUGCGAAGACGGCACGCUCAUCUACUCCCAGAUCUUCCUCUUUUUCCGGCUUCUUCUGCCGGAAACUGUUAUGUAAUUUUCUCCCGGCGGGGAAACUGGCGACGCAAAUUCCAAAUUAGGGUCGAAAGCGCCACCUAAUCUGCGAUUCCUCCAUACUGGCUCAUUAAUCGCCGUAAUAUGGAGCACCUCAAAAUUGAGAUGUUUUGUGCAACUGAGCUCGUUUUCAUCCAUGAGCCGUCUACUGUUUAUUGUUUUUCGACUUGUGGCAGCUGGUGGCUAUUAAAUACAAAUUCAAUAACAAAUUGCCUGCUGUUGGAAUACAAUAUAUGCUAAUUUUUUAAAAAAAUCUCUUUGUAUUUUAGAAACGGAAUCGUUAUUUUACCUUUGCAUCAAGUUGAUAUUAGAAAGGUACAAGCCUUUAUAAGAGAGUUUUGUCUUUCAGUUUGUUAAACCUUUUAUUUCUCUAACGAUUCGUAAAGGUAGAUUUCUUAUCUGAUAUUAGCUAUAAGAGAGUACUGUUGUCUCCCUGGGAUUAACUCCCUGGAGGCCACUUAUAAAUUAACAUUUCUACGUGUUUAGUAUAAAGGCUGCAAUAAUUUCAUAAAGUAAAGGGCAGAGCCUUGGGCAUUUGUGACUUGAUUUUAUUUCAGGCAAAUCAAGAACACAAUAACAAGCGAUUUCAUCCAAAGGGCCUUGUCUUAACCGUCAUGAAAAGCAAAACGGAUCGUUUGCGAGCAUCUGUUUGUUCCAUGCGGAGACAGACAUGUGGCGUGGCUUGCCUCCAGGGCAAUUUCUUACACAUUCAUUGAAAUUAGAGUAGACAUGCUAUGGCCGAAGUUCGCCAUGGUAGAAACUUCUCGAUUAUGUAUUGUUUACAUAACUGAACGGAAGAAACCACUCAAAAAUUUGAACUUACAGAUGUUUCAGCCGACGCAAUUAAUACCAUUGCGCAUUUGCCAAUUUGGAUUUGAUUAUCGCGUGGAGAAAUCCUCCUUUCGCUGUCAAUAGGUAAUGCAAGGCUUCGGCAGUGUGUUUGUAAUGUAAGUACAGCGUCUUUCUUUUUCAUCCAGCAUCUCAUCAGAACUUGUGUUCAUCCAAGUUAUAACUUAUUUUCGGUUUCCACCACGGAAUCAACUGAAUGGGAAUCAGAUAUUGUAACGUUUUCAAUCGUGUGUAAUAGCCACCUGAAAAACACAUAGCAUCAUGCUAGGUUUUGGAAGGCCCAGUUUAUGGUACUCAUUUUCCUUUCCAUUACUUGAGUUGACUUACGCCACUUACAGGAAACAUGAAAAGAGAUUUGAAGAAUUGAGAAUUGAACAAACAGCACUCCAUUGAAUCGUAUGGACAUGCAAACGAAAUCUUCACGAAACUCAAAGGAGAGAAAUGGUUUUUACUCACAACAUGAAGUUAAUCGCAUGCAGGGUUUGUAAACUAAAGGAUCUCAUGUUUAAGUCACCUUUAAUAUUUGUUGUUUUGUUCGCCUUGUUUCGUGUGGUAUUGCUGUUUUCUUUAUUAUUUUUCCUUUAGGUUAACUUCAGGAAAAUAGGUCCAUCGAAUUUGUUUUCAGGUCAAGUUGCCUGAGGCCAGUUUUUGCCCAUUGCCUAGCCGUUGCUGAUAAUUAAAAGCAGUCUUUAUUUUGAAAAAGUACCGUGCAGUUUUAUGAAUGCUCUUAACUUCCUAGAUUGUUUUCAUAUUUGCUGUUCGGUAGACUUGACAUGUUACAAGUUUCACAGAAGAAAAACAGAAAAGCGCGCGGAGCCAGGUUUUAGCGACGAAGUUGCAAGAUGUCGUCCUUCGCCUUAUUUGGAGGCCAUAUUAUUAGAUAGGACGAAGGUUACUUUGCCGAAAGUGCUGCUAAUCCACAAGUCUACCCAAUUGUCCAAGUAGUGCCGCCAGUAUUAGGGCGCAAGUUGAUUAUAAAACUGAAUUACAUGAUAUUAAUAUCAAAUAAUCCAGAGCUUCGCUGUUCUCUUUGGUUAGUCGUCAUGGUGGUUCUUUAACCUCUUCAGCCUUGAUUUAUAGAUUUCUCCAUGUGGUGUUAGCGACAAUCAUCGUUAGUAUAUCCGGUUGGUGGAAUUCGUCGAUCAGCUCAGUCUAUCCAUCGAUUGUCUAAAUCAAAGUGGUUGACAUUUUCUUUAAAGACCCAGGCCACCAACAGCUGCCUGUGGCUAACAAACCUUGCAAAAUCUUGUCUGUUGGGCCUGACGAAACGAAAACCUGCAUGGUGCAUUGCAUGUUUUUGUUCUCUCCACUAACUGAAAACCAUAAAGACACGAAAAAUUUCCAGAGACAAGUUUUCGCUUUAGUUUUACAAAUUAGGAAUACUUCAUUUAACAGUGAAAGCCAUACUCUCCAUAAAUGCUUCUCUUCCAUGUUUUAUAUUUUCCUGUAUCUGUUUUAAAAAAACAUGAGUGCACAAUGGAUUAACUUAAAACUGUUCCUUCCUUUGUGCCACCAGAAAUGUGGUUUUGUUAUGAACUCGCCUAUUUCUUCAUCCAACCCAAGUCUCCGCACGAAACUUUUUGAAAUUUACCAAAAUGUGCGUUUCCCGCAAGUAAAGAGCAUUUGUAGGUGAAACUAGCAGUUUUUAUAUACUUAGUUAUGUCAAUUUUCGUUUGUUUAAAAAGGUAGUUGGUUUCUGUUUGUACCACCCCGUAUCACACCAUGGUUUUAGUUACCCGCAAUUUACUCUUGUCCUGGUAUUAUCUAAGCUAGAAGCUUCAAAAACACACUGUUUUUCACUUUUUCUUACCUCUGUUUUUAAUCUGUUAUUCUCAGGAGCAAUAGCGUCUUUCUCUGGGUAGAGGCUUCCAGCUGGAUUCAACUUCGAUGAACGCAUCGAGAUCAGAAAUUAGUAUUUACAUCAUUUUCAGAAAGGAAAAGGAAUGAGGAUCCAAAUAAUAACAUUGUUACAAGUUAUAACAAUUCUGAACUUAAGCUUUACACUUUGCGAUGGAAACUGCAAACAGACUAAAGGAUCUUUGUUGGCAAUAGGAGUAUUUGAUUUCGAUGACGUUUCUUCAGUCAAGUCUUUCGAGAACGCAAUAUCGCGGCACAAUCUUUUGCGGCACACAGAAUGUAUCCCAGAACUUAAAAACAAGACAAUAAUUGUCAAGAGUGAGAUGGGUUUGCGCGAGUUAAUGGUUCUUGUUGACACAACGAUGCAGCAGGGUCCUUGUUUUAUGGUUUACGCCUCGAAAACUUCCAAAGCAAGAAUUUUCCUGGAUGUUGCGAUGUUUCAAAGAACAAACAUUAUCACAGCUGUGCAAGAGGUAAGGUCUAUAAUGUAAAACGUUCUUUAGGUUUUUGGCUUUUCAAGACAACACUGAGUGUACAAAAUCUUGUGAAGGGAAAAAAGUCAUUCAAUACUGCAUUGUUAUUCCCUUUAACAAAUAACUGUAAUGCUAUUACUAGUUCAUGAAACUUCGAUGAGGAAGCUUAAGGAAAGGGUCUUUGAAUCCGCCAUUUUCGUAAUAAUCUCGAUAUUGAAGAAUAUUUCGUUAUCUACAUUACCAGAAGUAUGCGUUUGGCCUAUGGCGUUUUGGCAAAUGGUAGUCAACCCUUUCGCUUGAGUCGACACUUCACUUCAAUUUCACUUGGAUUAUACCAGGGAAAUUAGGAAAUUUACUUAUACGGUUAAUCCAAUCUAUAAGAUUUUCAGAAGGGAGAUAAAACAUUUGGUGUAGGUUCAGUCGGGGGGAAAAUUGGGGAGCUUUAGCAAAGGCGUUUGCGAGCGAUGCAGGAAUGAAAACCGAGAGUAGACUUAAUGUAUUCUUGGGCAGUAGUUUUCUCACUCAAAUUUUCGGGUAAACCGUCUCUGUAAGAAUAAAAAGCAGCGCAAAUUUCGUAAUGUCAAGGCAUAUUAAGGCCCUCACUUCCGGUUGACGUGCGUUGUUAAAAAACGUCUUUGUUUAAGGUCCCUCUUUUUUCGGUUCACUUCCGGUUGACGUGCGCUAUUUCUUCUGUUCAUCACUAUCGUUUCAAUUGUCAUGAAGCAGUUUUGAUUAUCAUCAUUUGUCAUUUUUACUGGCAAGAUCUAGACUUAUGUAUCAAUCCUCGAAAAGUCGUAUUGAACCAUGUGAUGAAAAAAGUCGCAAACAAGACUUGAACGUUAUUACAGUUCUUUCAUUGUUCAGUUUAGUUCCUUUUUCCUACACAGCAAUAUAUCCAAAGAUACAAGGAAUCAACAGUCCGUGUCAACCAAAUAACAAACGCUGAAACAAAGAUAAGCGCCCUCUUGGCCUUUUCACAGCAUCUUACAGUGGCUAAGUUUGUCGCUAUCACAGACAAUGAUCAUGAAUCAACCAGCUUCGUGAUAAACCUACAAGAGCCCCUUCGUGUCAGGAACAUGGAAAUGCUAGACUGGUUGGUGUUCACCCCAGAUGAUUCCUCCGAGUAUAUAACCUUAAGAUUUCAAAAGUUACAGCACCGAAAAGUAGCUUUUCUAUUAGUUACUGACAACCUCACAUUGGCCCACAACAUUUUUUCAGGAGCUGGAGAACUUUUCUUAAGCAAUGAUUUAUGGAUAAUUGUAUCUGAUUUGGAUGUUAGAACGUUACUCGACUACUACUAUCCAGAAAAUAAAUUUUCUUUGAACCCAGAAAAGAGUCAGGAAAUCACUACAAGUGGCUAUGUGGACGAUGCUGUUCACUCUAUUACUCGUGCUCUUGUGAACAGUCCAGACGACCAGGUUAUCGCUUGUCCCGAUGAACAGGAAAUGCGAAGGUCAGGUUAAUUUAAUGAUAAUAAUAGCAAUGAUAAUAAUAAAUAAAAAGAUGAUGAUGAUAUUGAUAUCUAUUAUUAUUCAUUCAACAUAUUUCGCCGUUUCUGUUUGGUUAAGACCCGGGCUAAUUGUUCAUAUAACCAACAGGUGUUGACCGCAACCGCAUUCAAAAGAUGCGAGCAAUAUAACUUCGAUUCCAUGGUAUAUUUGAUAGGAAGCGAGGUUGAUUGAUGAUAUAUUUGCUGGGAAUCGAGGCUGCAUGGGCAACAGACCAUCGAUCAACCACGUUUCCAGGCGCGGCCGCCUAGCUGUUUAUUUAUGGGUAACUAAAAAAUGCCGAACACGAAAUAGCUGAAUUUCUGACAAAGGGCCUCUUCAUACGAGGCCGGUUUACCGGGCUGGUCCGGUUUCCGAGAUAUCGCCUCACCUUUAAAAUCAGUACUUUGUAAAUUUCGAUGUGUUCAUACGGAGAGGGCGAACUGGCUCGGUUCCUAGGUGAACUGCUGGAGAUUUUGCAAUAUGAACACUUCAGCCCGGUUACCGGGAUGAAUUCUGGCGACCCGAUGGCAUCGUCUUGCUUUACCCGCUGUAUUUUGCAGAUCAUAAGCAUCCCACUUAACUUCAGCGAUACAGCUUAAGAGUUGCCAAAGCUGUGAUAGGCCCGAAAGUUAUAAUUUUUGUGUUUUUUUGCUUUGUCUCUCGUAUUUCGCGCCAGAACUCGUCGACAAGAUCUUUGGCCCUUUCACAUCUCGGAAACCGGGCUGAAAUUUCUCAUAUGAACCCGAGGUAAAAUUGGUUCCGGUAACUGGGCCAGCCCGAUCAACCAGGCUCAAGAGAAGAGGCCCUAAAACUGAACGGAACAAGUGCAACAAUACCCAAAACAUAGUACUUGGUCAAUGCCAUCUAAUUUUGAGGAGUAUCUCCAAAAAAAAAAAAACAUCUGUUUUUAUCCUGAAACUGUGUCGAGAAAUGGGCCCAGGUUUAGCAGAAAGUCAAAGAAGAGGUAAUUAUUGAAUCAGGCUUUCGUACGAUGUGAGGAAUUAUGCACAUCGCGGAGGCUUAUGCAGAUCUCGGCCUUCGCCUCGGUGAAAAGAACUGAGUCUCCUCGAUCUUCAUAGCUCUUCACAUCAUACUCAGCCUCAUUCAAUAACAGAGAGCUUUAGAUUCUAAAACGAGAACGACUACGAGAACGAGAUUUUCUCAAUACUGAGUAUUGCUCGCGCGUGAGCCUGCGUCAUUUUGGCAGGAGAACGUGAAAGCCGUCGUCAUUCAACUACGAGUUUUAGCGAUAAUGUGGUAGUAGCGGAAACGAGUUAUCAAAUGAUACAAGUUUUAUCAUUUUGCAAUCAGGAGAGGGUGUAACCUCCUUUAAUAAAGAUAACAGAGCUAACUUUUCUGGUGAAUCAAAAGUACAAUGAAGCUUUCCGGCGUAUCUAUUUUUUGAGAAUAUAUACGCGAAAAAACUUUUAAACAAAUGUCGUACUCGGAGUCGUUAUCGUCCUCGAAUCUAAAGGUCUCUAAUUGCUAAUUAUCACACUAAAAAUUUUCUUAACUUUAAAGGUUCUACAGUUGCUCUGAAGAGGAUUAUCCAAUCACAACCUUUUUUGAAAACAAAAGAUUCUCAAGUUUUUUGCAAACGGACGUCCAAUAACAUGCAAGAAAUAUGACCAAUCUAGCUGCUAAAAAAGUUUAUUUUCCUGACCUGUCCUGAAAUUUCUCUCUUUUGUUAUUGGAAAGAUUAUUGUGAAGAGCUCGAGCAAGGUUUCCUCGAGUAUUCGCAUUGUAGUAGAUGGCAGUAUGACAAUACUUAAAAAAAAUUCCAGUUUCAUAUCAAGGGCAUCAUCUUUUCAUUUUUUCCUUCAAGCAGACUGCUUUCAGAAGUGGAUUUUCAUGGGUUAUCUGGACCAGUUAAGUUCGAUAGCACAGGUAACAGAGUACCUCUUCGCUACGAUUUUAACAGCCUCUUCAUAACGGACGACGGGGCUACUCAAAAGCAUGAGGAGGGUUACUGGUACAACGGAAAGCUUUUUAUAUCGGAGCAAAUCGACAAGCGCCCUCUUAAAAUCCUUGUUAACGAGUAUCCGCCGAUGGUGAUGUCUGAAUCAAAGCUUCCUGGUGAAACGUGUCAGUCUAUUUGGUCAAGAACCAAGCCGUGCAAAAAGACUAUCAAAACUCCAGACGGAGAUAAAUCGAUCGAACUUUGUUGCUACGGGUUUGUUAUCGAUGUAGUAGGGCUUGUCAUGAAUAAAUUGGAUGAAUAUACGGCGGAACUGCAUUUCACUUUGGACGGGCAAUACGGGGUAUUUAACCAAGAAAAUAAUUCUUGGGAUGGAGUUGUGUCGGAGCUUCUCGAAGGAAGAGGUGACGCAAGUUUUGAUUUGUACAUCAGCUCUCGCAGAUCUACCGUACUCGAUUUUACUGAACCAUAUGUACCUUCUGGCAUUCGCCUUUUAGUGAAAGAAAUGGAACGACAGGACAGCGAUAUAGUAUGGCUGUCUUAUUUGCGUCCUUUCACGUCUCCCGUGUGGCUAACAUUGCUUGGUUCGUUAGGUGUGAUGAUCUUGUUUUUGUGGGGAAUUGACAAGAUCAGCCCUGUUAGAGGAUCGAAAGAACUCUUUCAUAAGAAGUCUCUGUUUGGGAUCGACAACGCGAUUUGUUUCGCUCUCUCUCUUGCAUUUGGUCGCCCUGCAGAUGAAUCAAAACCCACCACGGAUGGUGCUCGCUUUUCAUCUGUAGCAUUUGGAAUGGCGAUGCUGGUAUUCGUGUCCACGUAUUCAGCUAAUCUGGCUGCGUUUCUUAUUGUGAAUGACAAAACCACUCCAGUGAAGGAUAUUUACGACUUUAAGGUAAAUUAACGUCUAAUACCUUCGAGCAAAAUGAGUCGUGCUUGGAUAAUCUGGAAACGGAAUAGCGGUGGCAAACUAAGCCAAAGUCUUAAUAGGCCAUUUUCUCCAUUUUUCCUUCCUCCACUUCCCUCUACAGUCAAUGAUGCUUCCUUGCCAACCACUUGUCAGUGGAUACAUUUCACUUCUUAAAAAAUGUUCGUAUCUACCCCAUUUUUGAAUAAGAAAUAUAAUUUUAAAGCUUAUUGGGUAUUUCUCAGUUACUGUUACUAUUUCAAAUGUUUUCGCUGACGUCAUUGUUAACUGCACAAGUGUACACUCAAAGGUCAUUAUGACCACCUUAAAGUUUUAACUAUGGCAUGUGACGCCACAAUGCUUCAUGAGGCCAUCCUUCACUCCUUGGAAGAAAUGUUCUGGCAUUCAUACAAGAACCUUUGAAAAACGGUAGAGUUUCUUGAACAACAGUUAUUUUGCAUUAUACCUUACCAGUCCAAUUCGCCACAUCAUACCAGGAUUCUCCUUUAAUAUGAACCAUCAAGCCGACAAGGUUGGGAGCAAUAGCCUGCGGGACAGGCGCAAAACGGGAGUGGGGAGGGAGACGGAAAAGCCGCGAAAGAAAAGGGAAAGGGAGCUUACCCUCUCUCCCAAAUCCUCCCAUUCCCCUUUCCCCUUUCCACACCUGCCAUGGUCAAGCCAGACCAACACUUGCCGGCUUAUUAGGGAGCUUAAGCAAAGGGGACAGCGACCGCAACGAGGACGGGAAAAAAGCAAUAGGUUUAGAUUGGCAAAACAACAACUUUGCACGUGCAAAUCACGCUGUUUUGCACAUUUCUUUGCUGUCGCUGCACGACUGGUUGGUAAUAAACUGGUUGAAAGCCAGUGCCUUUUAAUUUUGUGUUGUAUUUGAAUUUUUUUCGAGGACGUGAACACUGUCUAGAACUACUUUCUUUUUUAACCUUUUUUUUCAACUUGAACUUUUGUCGAUACAACACUUGAUUUUUCUUUUUCCUGAACGUUGAUACAGUAUUUUGGAAUUCCAUUACAAAAAAAAAAAUGCCAACAUUUGAGGAUUUAAAUGAGAUGGAAUAAGUGCGAUAAAGUUUUAGGCAACGCGAAUUUACUUUUUGAGUGACGUUCUCGUAGCCGUCGCCGUCGUUGUUGCUUAAGUUUUCUAUUUACCGAAAUAGGUAGUCACCCAAUCCCGUCAUCCUGACUCAAAUUUUCCCUUAAUCCCGUCAUCAGGAUGGUUUUUUCCGACAUCCCGCUUCCCGUGCAUACUUUCAAUCCCGUAUCUCGCUUCCCGUGCAUUCUUUCAAUCCCGCAUCCCGCAUCUCAUGCAUACUUUACAAAAGAAUCGGUGCCCAAAUUUAGAACUCUAUUCCUUAUUCGAUUAAAAUACUUAAACGUUCGUCCUUUCGUAAAAAAAUAAAGGAAUUAUUACUAAAUUUCUUGCGGUCAGAAGAUGAUUAUGUCGAAGUCUCCCGUCUUAUUAAGUUAUUUAAUACUUUAGGUUAGCCUCUCUUCGUAAUCGUUAUGUACUUGCCUUGUUUUAUGUUAGUUUAAAUUCUAUUUACUGUAUAGUAGUGUCUUCACUGUUAUUUAGUCCAUCUAUAUAUAAAUCUUGUUUGUAAUAUGUCUUCAGCUCCCCCCGCCUCGAUUAGUUUAUAAGCUAUUUGCGGGUGGGAAAAUAAUGUAAUUAGUUAUUUUCCAAUUUUCAAUAAAAUUUGUUGUUGUUGUUGUUACUUUCAAUCCCGAAUCCCGCCCUGUUAUGAUUUAAAAUCCCGAAUCCCAGCCUUCAAAUAAAGUAAAUCCUGCAUACCGAAAAUUCUAUUGGGGGCAGCCUCGAAACAGACUGGAAUAGCGAAACAUGCAACGUCACACCUUUCUUCUCCAUUUGGCGUGGGAUGAAAAAUGUUUUCUUUUGUUGGAAAGUAAUUUUUUUGCGAAAGGUUUGAACCCAGAAGUGAUUUUAAAAAAAGGUUGGUUAUGAUAGUGGGGGUGAACGUAGUCCCGAAUAGGACCGUUGUUGUUGACAAAGACAGACGUUUCAACAACCUGUGCGGUAGUCAUCGUCAGAGUCAAAUGGGUUGUAUCAUGUCAGUGUAUAGUAUUAAUCUCUGGUAAUUGACCUGAUCAGUCAAUUAAGCCGCGAUGUUAUUGGUCGUCUGUCUGUUAAGCCGUGAUGUUAUUGGCUAUGAAGACUUGUAAUGUCAUUGGUGUGUUUAAUUUCGAUCCGUCUAUUGUCACAGCUAAACAAUCGUUUAUCGUUGGUCACAUUGUCAGUUUUCCAGCCGUUCUCUCGUCAACAAGUCGUUUGUACGGUGCGGGUAACUGUUGACUCUGAUUCAGUGGAUUUUGUUCUAAGUUAAUAAACGAGCUUUCUAAAGUAAGUCGUUGAUAAUAGUCUGUAAAUAAAUAAAUAAAUAAUAAUAAAUAAUGAUUUAGAGGUAGCACAUCCACAAAGUGGUUCUUCGUCUACUUGAUCCCUUGUCGAAUUGGAAUCUGGAAAUGUUGGUUUUUGAGGAGAAGGGAAAACCGGAGUACCCGGAGAAAAACCUCUUGGAGCAAAGGAGAGAAUCAGCAACAAACUCAACCCACAUAUGGCGUCGACACGGGGAUUUGAACCCGGGCCACAUUGGUGGGAGGCGAGCGCUCUCACCACUGCGCCAUCCCUUGCUCCCCGAGUCUGUACAUUACGUAAUACAUAUCGCACGGUCCCACUCGAUUUGCACUGGUUGUCGAAACGUCAGUCACUGUCAGCAACAACAGUCAUAUUUAGGACUACGUUCACCUGGACGAUCAUACUCAACCUAAUGAAGUAAUUGUUUUGUUUGACAGAUUGAGCGUCCUCCAGAAGGCUUCAAGUAUGGUACCAUUGAGGGUUCCUACAUGGCAGAUUACUUCAAGAAUAGUAAUAACACGUAUUUCCGGCAAAUCUGGCGCCACAUGCAAAACAACAAUGUUAAGAAACUUGUAGACGGGGUGAAUGCUGUUUCAAACGGGUAACUUAAAUUUUAUACUUUUAAAAUCUUUUUCUACUAUUAUCAUAAUUCAAAUUUGCUUAUCAACAUAAAAUUUGGAUGCACUUGACAGAUAUCUCUAAUUGAAAGCUCUUCUGGAUAACAAAUCGAUCAGAAUGCUCGUGAAAGAAAGCGAAGUAAUAAAAAAUAUGUUAAUAGAAAAGGAAGGAGACAAGACCAAGAGCCCCAGGUCUAGCCCAUUCCAUGCUUGGUGUUCGGGCCUUACCUUUAACCCACGACAUCCAAUUCAGCAUUUCUGGCAAAAAAUCAUCAAGAGACGGGUACAGUUAAAUUGAAGAUUUCUAACUUUACAGCUGUUUCUAUUUUUGUAUUUACAUAGGAAACUUGAUGUAUUUAUUGCCGAUGAUGUUAGUCUGGAAUAUAAAUCUAUGAGCAAAUGCGGGCUCAAAGUUGUUGGAGAGCCAUUCGCAAUGUCGGGGACAUCGAUUUCGGUCAAGAAAGGGAAUCCAUUGUUUCAACAACUCAACGAGGCUCUUCAAGCGGUAAGAGCUGAGGGACUAACGGACUUCAUUCAGACGUUUUGGGUCAAAAAAUAUGGAUCCUGCACAAGAGAAACUCCUCCAACUCAGCUGAAAUUGGAGGACCUCAGUGGACUGUUUCUACAGUUGACUAUAGCCAUUGUUGGCUGUAUACUGGGGACCAUUUUUCAUAGAACGUUCUACUAUUUUCGAAAGAGAUGGUCUUACGAGGCAGAUGAUCUAGACGAUCCGUCGCGAUUCUCUCAACUAGAGACCCUCGUAUGA